CGUCACAAUUUAUCCUCGCGCGCCCGGAACGUGGCGGGAGGCGUCACCAUGGCAACAGAACACACGGAGUCGAGUUGUCCCUUUGAUGCGUCACGCAGCAGAGUUCCACACGGUCACGCGCCGAACGUUCCUCCGGUAUUUAGGCGGUAACUUCAGCUUCAGCUCACCGGGACGAUUCACCGAUUAAAGAACUCACCUGUGAGUUUCAUGGAGCGGUACGAGUCUCUGGGUCUUGUCGGGGAGGGCAGUUACGGCACCGUGCUGAAGUGUCGUCACAGAGACUCGGGUCGCCUCGUUGCCAUCAAGAAGUUCCAGGACUCCGAUGAUGACAAGACGGUGAAGAAGAUCGCUCUGAGGGAAAUCAAGCUUCUUAAGCAACUGCGUCAUGACAACCUGGUGAACCUCCUGGAGGUGUGGAAGCGCCGCCGCCGCUGGUAUCUGGUGUUUGAGUUUGUGGAGCGAACGCUUCUGGAUGAUUUGGAGCAAAACCCAAACACACUGGACCUGAACACCAGCCGGCAGUACCUGUUCCAGAUCCUGAGGGCGGUGGCCUUCAUUCACCAGCAAAAUAUAAUCCACCGUGACAUCAAACCGGAGAACAUCCUCAUCUCUCAGGGGGGCGUGGUCAAACUGUGCGACUUUGGCUUUGCUCGGACGAUGACAACUCCUGCUGAUGGUGGCGUCUACACCGACUAUGUGGCCACUCGCUGGUACAGAGCCCCUGAACUACUGGUGGGAGACACCAAGUAUGGAAAACCAGUCGAUGUGUGGGCUGUUGGUUGUCUGCUGUUAGAGAUGUUAACAGGUCUGCCCCUGUUUCCUGGAGACUCUGACCUUGAUCAAAUAUAUCACAUCGUCAGGUGCUUUGGUAACUUGACAGCUCAUCACCAGGAGUUAUUCUACAGGAAUCCCGUCUUUUCUGGAGUCAGACUGCCCCAAUGUUCUGGCAGAGUCCCACUGGAGCAGCGCUUCCUAACAAUCCCAACCAACGCACUUGACAUUGCAAAGAACUGUCUCCAGUUGGAUCCAGAAAAUAGAACUCAGUGUUCAGAACUUCUAGAACACACAUUGUUCACGCAUGACUCAUUCGACGUCAGGUUUUUGGACGAGCUAAAUGCCAAGAUCCAAAAAGACCACAGAGAAAACUCUACCCUUCCCAAAAUAGCCAGAACCCAAAGACGGGAAAAAGAUGACAGAGAUGCCAAGAACAGUAGAGGCAAAGACAAGAAACAACAUGAAGAGAAAUUCAACAAGGAAAAGGAGAAAGGUGACAAGGAGGACAGAGAAGACAAGUUACCCAAAACAAAAGGCAAGCAGCCUUCGAAGCCAAAAAGCAUUCGCAAUACCUCAGAACCAUUGAUGUCAAGCAAACAACCCAAAACAUCAGGCGCCAAAAUUAUUGACAGUUCAGCAAAAAUGACCAAAAACAACCAUGGCCAAAUGGGCAUGAGGAGUAAAGCUGGAAAGACUGCUGGGGCAGAGCUCAGGAGGGAACCUGAAAGUUCUAAACCCCCUAAAAUCUAUACUUUAGAUUCAUUGGAGGCGUCCCGGACCACAACAGAUCUGAAUGACGACAAUGCAGAAGAAGCUAAACCUAAAAAUGGGAAAGUUGAUUCUUUAGAGCCGGGGAAUGGCCGUUUAGUGAAAACAACAAACUCAACCAACUUGCACUCAAGUUGUGUCGACAACAACCUGUCACGUGUGGCCGAGAAAAGUAUGAUGGAGAUCCAGAUGUCAACCAAAUUGGAGUCAAGUCAAGACUCUGGGAAAAACAAAAAUAUCUCAAACCCAAGAGUACUCAAAUUGUCUAAAAGCUCAACCGAUGACACAAUAAAAAGUUCUUCUCCAAAACCUUCUUUGAAAUCAUCUGCUGAUCCGACAGAAACCGACCUAACACAGAAAAGGAGUCAAAUUUCCACCUCAGAAUACCCUGAAGGUGCAGCAGCUGAAACCGGUGAAAGGGCAAACAGUGACCAAGUGCAGACAAGCUUCAGUAUGCAGGCAGUUGAGAUCACCAGCUCCACUACUUCUUCCGUCGUUAAGACCUACAAGACAACUACUUCUUCAAAGCAUCACACCAAAUGUUCAAAUGUGGAGACAAAACAAAGACUGACUUCUGAAUGUCCAAAAGUCUUACCUUCCUCCACAAAGCCAUCAAAGAUUACCUCAAACUCUAGCCCUAAAAUGACCAAAGAAAGCCCUUCUUUAUCCUCUAGUCCUUUAAAGAGCCUCAUCUCAGAUCUUUCAGAGCACUCCUCCGAGGUUUUUGUUGAGGAAAGUCAAGCAGACAGGACUACAACACAACCAAAAGGAACCCUCCGAACCAGAUCAUCCAUGGAUACUAAACCCAUAAAUAACACCACAUAUGCAACUACCAAACCUCCGACAGACGUUCAAACAGACAAGGACCAUGGAGAAGCAACGACAGCAACGACAACUCAGCAGAGGAGUUGUAAUACUUCAAAAGAGGACAUCAAGGAGAACCACCAGUGCUUGACAAGGAACCCUGUGACCAAAAAAGCUUCACAAUACUUUGAGACAUCCCAUGAGCCGAGCAGCGUACAUCAACAAAGCACCACCACUGAAUCCAGAACAAAGUCAACCUCCAUGCUAGAUGAAAUCCCUAAAACCAGAACACCAGUAGUGACCACUAAAGCACUGAAAGUCUCAGAUAAAGAGAACAGAGAGGACGUUGCACUUUCUUUGUCCGUCAGUCCAUCAACUAAAUCUUCCCUUGAUCAAAUCUCAAAGGUUGAGCAGAAAGAACCCAGCUUGAAGUCCUUGAGACCCCUCCACUCUUUCAUGGAGGAACCUAAAACAAUGCUUGGGUCUUUCAGCAACCACACCAAUUCGCCCACAUCCGUGACCUUGAAGAGUCAGAAAACUACAGAGGCAAGAAACAAAAGAGACAACUCAGGAAGGAAGGACUCAACUAAUGUGUCCACAAUCUCAGAUUCAACCUCAUUCACCUUAACGUCAAGUCCAGACCAUGAUGCUCCGACAAGGCUCUCCCACAACUUGCACCCUGUGGACUACAAUGAGUUUGAUUUUAAUGCAUCAAGUUCUUCUCCCCCACCCCCUCCUCCUCCUCCCUCCUCUACUCCUCUACUCCUCCCUCCAUCCUCCACACCCCUUGUUCCCUUUAUCUCUGUAGGCAGUACCAAUACUGCCACCAGCGAUCAGUUCUACGCGGGGACGGGUUUCCAUCCUGGGCUCCAUGACCUUAGGGGUACAGACAAACCAAGGCAUCAGGGUGCCAUUUAUAGUCGACUGACUCAACAGCCUUUGUCCGGCCACAUCACAGGAUCGCUAAGGAAUCAGGUGCCAGAGAAGAGUCAGAUCUGUGAGCGCUCGUUCCAGUCUGACCGUUGUAACUUUGCUAGCACCAGCAGCGUAACGGCGACUAAAAAGAAGUCUGACAUCCAUUUCCCAGAUCUUAAAAGCUCAGUGCUACCAGAGCUAAAAGGCAAAGAGGGUAUGCACUCUAAACAUGCACAAAAACCCUGAUGGUACCUGAUAUACAACAAAGCAAAAGAAAGUCAUCAUUCCCAUUCAUUUUGCAUGUUGGGUGUAGGCCAGUCAAGUUCUCCUCACAGGUUUAGCACUAAAUUCAGUGUUAAAAAUACCUCAGGAUUGGAUUCUUAGAGCAAUAACUUCAGGGGUUCAGAAACAAUGAGAAGCAUAGUUUUCUUGAUUUUUUUUUUAGAAGUCUAUUCAGCAGCAUUUCCUGUAGAGUUUUUUUUCUCUUCAGGUAAACAAAACAUCAGAUGACUUUCAAAAGAUAAAAGAAAAUACAAACAACUUGUUCCUCCCAUUCCACCGUCAGAACAGCAGCUGCUCCGACAGCAGCACUAACAGAAGCACGGUUCAGACACUGUUCCCUUUACUCACAUGGAAUUUUAAUAUUUGUCUCUUGAGUAAUCAUGUUUUUAAUCAUGUCAAACAAAAGUACAUUACUGCAAUUUAAGAAUAAAGAAAAAUAAACAUG